CAUUGGUAAGUUGCCACGUCAACAGGCCAUGUCAGCAGACCACGUCAGCAGGCCACGUCAGCAGCAGGCAGUGCCACGUCAGCAGGCCCCCGGCCUGGUCAAUGCUCACGUGCUUACAAACAGCCGGCAUGGAUCAGAAGUCCGGGGAAACGGACAAGGCCUAUCAGGCCCGGAUGCUGCUUCUGAUCACCGAAGCCAAACAACGGUCGGAUGCAGUAGCAGCCGCAGCAAAGAAGAAGGCAGAGGAUGCCGAGAAGGCAUAUCUGUUGGCAAUCGAACAGCAGCGCCAGCAAGACGAGGCAGCAGCAAAGGCUGCCAACGAAGAACGAAUUCAACGACACGAGAAGAUAUUCAGCGGAGAGCGAGCUUUGCUCACAAUGGCAGCGGACUGGCGGGCCGAGGCCGAGAAUGGGAAAUGGAAGAGAGUGAAAACAAGAUCGCUCUACUCCUCUCCCAUCUCACGGACCUCCUGGCAACAUGCAUUACACAGCAGGAGGACAUCCACAACGACGCGUUGUCUCAAGUCCACAGCCGCCUCCACCUGCUGGAGCAGCGCCCCGUUGCCGCCCCCAAUGCCAGCUCUUCCAACACCUCCGAUCGCCUCGAGGCAUUGGAGAUUGACGUCGGAUCCCUCAAGGACGUACGGAGUGGUGGCUGCCGACUUGCAUACCAAGAUCAACUGGGAUGAUUUAAAGGCGGCGUGGCAUAAGCGGUUCCGAGUAGAGCUGUCGAAGAUCAAGGCAAUGGACAAGCCGAUGACCUUCGAACAAGGCACGCUGCCGAGUGUUGACUGGAUUGCCGAGUACCAACACUUGACAUCCGUCCCAGACAUUCAAAUGGGCUUCAAAGCCAUCAAACACUACUUCAUCUCGAGGUCGUGUCCGACGUUGGGCAAUGCCUUGACUCACGUCGAGGACACCCUGACGACACCGGCAGAGCUCUUCGAUAAGGCCGUGCAGAUUAUUGUCACGAACAAGGUGGCUAAGAACCUCCACCAUUCGUCUGCGACAGGCCCGAGCAUAGAUCAGCAUCGGCCAAAAGUGGUCGUGGUCGCGGCGGCAACGCCAAACGAGCAAACUAGCGAGGCCGUGUCUGCCCAUGAGGGGGACAGACUCGCAGCCGCCCGGGAUGGUGGCCGCCCCGGCAAAGGCCGAGGACGAGGCAAGGCGAAGACAAACACCGCAUCUAGCCCCGGGCCCGGCGCAGUAGCUCCAGCCCCAUGGUCCCACUACGGUCUCUCCGAGCAAGCAUACAAGACACGCACGUGAUUCCACUAUUGUAUGUGGUGCAACGGCGAUCUCCACGAG